AUGCCCCCCCAGGAGUUACUGGAUUACUCCCCCACCUUGAGAAGAUGCAGCACCCCCAGCCGGGGCAGUGGCUCCGAGCUGGGCAUCAAGUGUGUCCUCAUAGGGGACGGGGCCGUGGGCAAAACCAGCCUGAUCGUGAGCUACACGACCAACGGAUACCCCGAUCAGUACCAGCCAACCGCCCUGGACACCUUCUCAGUGCAGGUCCUGGUCGAUGGUGCACCGGUUCGCAUCCAGCUGUGGGACACCGCAGGGCAGGAAGACUUUGAUUGCCUCCGCUUGCUCUGUUACCCCGACACCGAUGUCUUCCUGGUCUGCUUCAGCGUUGUGAAUCCCACAUCCUUCCAAAACAUUACAGAGAAAUGGGUCCCUGAAAUACGAACUCACAACCCCCAGACUCCGGUGGUGCUGGUGGGGACACAGGCUGACCUGCGGGAUGAUGUCAAUGUGCUGAUCAAUCUGGACCACUACAACGUGAAGCCUGUGCCACGAACUCAGGCUGAAGGCCUCGCUGAGAAGAUCCGGGCUCAGACUUACGUAGAGUGUUCUGCUCUGACUCAAAAAAACCUGAAGGAGGUUUUUGACACAGCCAUUGUCAGUGCCGUCGAGCACAAGGCCCAACAGGAAAAAAAAAUGACAGCCAAAGGAAUCAAAACCCUCUCCAAAUGCCGAUGGAAGAAGUUCUUCUGCUUUGUCUGA